UAUACUCACGUAUUUGUGUUCGUAGUAAUAAAUUAAAAAUAAUAAUAAUAAUUAAUAUUUGAUUAAGAAGAAUAUUUCAGUUAAGAAUAAUGAUCAUUCAGGAAAACUCAAAAGCUAUAGCAGCGUGAUUUCCGUUGUAUCCUUUUUAGAGGUAGCGACACCCUAAUAAGAAGAAUAAGUUCCAAAAUUUUCACGUCAAAAUUUCAAAAACAUGAGCCGGCCAUCGAAAAUUAUAAGUUCGGCGUAAUAAAACUUCUUGCUCGGCACAUAGAUGUGAAACAGCUGAUUUACAUGUGAAACGUUUAUAGAAAAGAAAAAUAAAAGCAUUUUCGUGUGUGAAGUGAUUCGCGUUUUUAUUAAAUUGUGGACAUUAAUAAAUCAAAUAAAAUGCUGGGAAGUCGGCGAAACUUAAAAAGCGAGGUAGUGAGUGUCCCGGUAGCAUCUGAACCACGCGAUUAUGAGUCUCAUUUGCAAUCAAAUGCAAAUAUAGUUUCUGGAAAUGAUCCUGCUAACAGUGUGCGUCCAAUUUCUUUAAAAGAGCAGCUAAAAGAUUGGGCUUUGAAACACAAGCCAAGUAGGGAGUGUUGCAAUGAUAUACUUGCAAUUCUUGCUAGACAAAAUCUCGAUGUCCCAAGGGAUAUUAGAAGCCUCAUACCAAAAAAAAGCAAGUUGGUUAUUAAGAGUGUACCUCCUGGGUUUUAUUCUCAUUUUGGCAUAGAAAAACAAUUAAUGUCUUUUGGUGAUUAUGUUUCUCAAUUCGAAGAAAUCGUUUUCGACAUAAAUGUUGACGGAAUACCUUUGUUUAGAAGCUCAAGGGUUCAACUCUGGCCAAUUUUGAUAAGAAUUUUAAACUUUAAAGUCAAUAACAUUUUGCCAGUAGGUAUUUACAUUGGAAAACAAAAACCAAAAGAUUUAGAAGUUUAUUUGCUGGAUUUUGUUCAAGAAUAUGAUAAUCUUUCGAAGACUGGUAUUUGCGUUAGUAAUAAAAUAGUUAAGCUUAGAUUGAGGGCGGUGAUUUGCGAUGCUCCGGCUACAGCUUUUAUAUGUGGCACAGUUGGACACACAUCUUCCCACGGUUGUUCCAAGUGUACACAGGUAGCACGGAAAAUCGAUCAGGUUUUGACGUACACUACAAAUUCAGACAAACUAAUUACAGAUGAAGAUUUCACGGAGAGGCGACUGAAAAAUCACUUCAGCAAAAAGUUUAGGUCAGAGGCUUCUCCCUUGGAAACUCUUAAUAUAAAAAUGGUAAGCCAAAUUGCUCUUGACACUAUGCACCUUAUUGAUUUAGGGGUGGUAAGGAAAUUUCUAAUACGCUUGCUGAACAACAAAACCAGUUUGGAGUACAAAGCUCCUAAGGAAAAUCUUAGUACCAUUUCGACUAAAUUAGUCUCCCUUAGAAAGUAUAUUCCACUAGAAUUUUCCCGUCGACCGCGAGGUUUUGAAGACAUUGUUCAUUGGAAAGCAACGGAAUAUCGCCAAUUUUUGCUUUAUACAGGGAUACUGGCAUUAAAAGGAAGCAUUCAUGAUGAACUCUACUAUGAAUUCCUCUUACUCCACUGCUCAUGCAGACUUCUAUCGUGUCCAAGAUCCUACGAAGAAAAUAUAUCGCUUUGUCAAAAUAUGCUAAGCCUAUUUGUGGAAAACUUUCCAAUAGUUUUCAAAGAAAAUAGUGUGAGCUAUAAUGUACACAGUCUUUUACAUCUUACCGAGUGUGUAAAGCAAUUUGGUGUUUUGCAAAAUUUUUCGGCCUAUGGCUUCGAAAAUUAUCUUCAGAUUUUAAAAGGCUACGUAAAAAAACCACAAUGCGUACUCAAGCAAAUUUACAAUAACGUUAAACACGAAAACCGUCGCAUUUCAUCACAACAGGAAGGAUUUGUAGAAGAGAAAAAUCGUGUUAAAAAGUUUGUGACCUCAGAAUAUAUUUUUAGUACCAAAUUCCCUGAUAACUAUUGCUUUAUCUUACCGGAUAUUCCCCUCACAAUCAAAAGUUUUGAUAAAGAGAACAACCUUGUAAUCGGAAAGCGAUUUCUAAAUCAAACGCAUUUUUUUAGUCAGCCUAUAGAUUCGUUAAAGCUUUUAGGAAUAUGUUUAGUCGAUGAAAAUAUUAAUGACUUAGAGGAGAGUUUUCCCACAUCCAAAAUUAAAUGCAAAUGUAUAGGCUUACCAUAUCAGAACAAAAUUUUGUUAGUUCCAAUCCUACAUGGCUGCUUUUAAACAAACACAACUAAAUUAAACAAUCGAAAACCAAAUU